AUGACUUGCCUCGCUUAUUACGAUAACUCUUCAGCAAAUGGUUCAAACGAUUUCCAUGCCACUAUUCAACGUAAUGUUAAUAUUAACGAAGAGGGGGAGAAAGGAAAAAAUUCCGCUACUUCUUCGUGUUAUAAACCUUUACCGCUAGAAUUAACAAAUUUUAUCGCGGAAAGUAUGUGCGGAAUCUUAAUGACCUAUCAAACACCUCAAACUAUAAAUUGGCCUUUACCUGAACUAGUCUUUUUUGUGGAAAAAGUUACCACGAGGGCUAAAAUUGAUUAUCAUACAGCAAUAGUGGCUCUGAUUUUGGUAUCAAGAUUAAAGAAGAAGCUACCCAAAAAUGCUUUCGGUGAAUAUACAUAUCAUAGAUUAUUUUUAUCAGCUAUUCUUGUGGCAUCUAAAGAUUUGGCUCCAGAAAUUUCAGGUAUCUACUCUGUUCAAGAUGUAAACCAAAUGGAAAAAUCAUUUCGUAAAAUUUUGGGCCUCCAAAUCGAGGUUUAUGAUGACGACGUAAGAAAUUUUGUAGAAAAAAAUAAGAAUGCUUUAGGAAUUUGUUAA